AUGCCGUUCCAGUUUGUUCUUGUUCUAAGAACUGUUGUUUGCUGGUUAAUUAUUGAUAUUAAGAGCCCAAGUGAUGAUUUCACACUUUUCAUCUGGGGAACAUUAUGGAAAGUAGAUAUGUGUCACUUACUUAGGUUGUCAGGAAUACAGGUGUAUCAGGAUACAGGAGUGAAAGUGAUUACCUUCACCAGCCUCGCCACACUUACCAGCUUCACCAGCCUCGCCACCCUUACCAGCUUCACCAGCCUCACCACCCUUACCAGCCUCACCACCCUUACCAGCUUCACCAGCCUCACCACCUUUACCAGCUUCACUAGCCUUUCCAGUUUCACCAGCCUCACCACCUUUACCAGCUUCACCACCUUUACCAGCUUCACCAGCCUUACCACCCUUACCAGCUUCACCAGCCUCACCACCCUUACCAGCCUCACCACCCUUACUAGCUUCACCACUCUUACCAGCUUUACCAGCCUCACCGCCCUUACCAGCUUCACCACCCUUAUCAGCCUCACCACCCUUACAGCUUCACCAGCCUCUCCAGCUUCACCAGCCUCACCACCUUUACCAGCUUCACCAGAUUCAACACCCUUACCAGCUUCACGAGCCUCACCACCCUUACCAGCUUCACCAGCCUCACCACUCUUACCAGCUUCACCACCCUUAAAAACUUCACCAGCCUCACCACCCUUACCAGCUUCACCACCCUUACCAGCCUCACCACCCUUACCAGUUUCACCAGCCUCACCACCCUUACCAGCUUCACCACCCUUACCAGCUUCACCAGCCUCACCACCCUUACCAGCUUCACUAGCCUCUCCAGUUUCACCAGCCUCACCACCUUUACCAGCUUCACCAGCCUCUCCACUCUAA